GCGUCUCGGGACACAGCAACCCAGCAGCAACCCAGUGCUCUAUUGCUUCUCUUGCGCCGCACGCAUUUGCGUGAACUUGGGCUACGUGGCGUCACUACUCAAGGGGCUCCCCUGCUAGCUACAGAGCAACCACUGUGAUGUCAACCGACUACGACAUGCCUUCGUUCCGAUCGCUCGCAAGCGCGGCGUCGCGCUCUAUCAAGGGCUAUGUCGCGUCGCGUGAAUUCAAACGGCCAACCUUCGCUGCCAAAGAAGUCGGAAGUGAGAACGGGAGCAGGCCAACAUGGAGCCAAUGGGCAGGUCAAAAGCUGCGACAAGUUCAGGGAGAGGGGACGUCGGGCACAGAAUCGCUGUUCUUGUUCCCGGGCUGGGCCACCAGGAGGUUUCAUGAGACACCGGAGACGAAGAUUAGUCUAGAAGAGGCACCGUUCGACGUCGAAGUAUUCAUCUCAGGAUUCGCGUCUAGGACAAGCGGGGCUGGUUUCAGCACACGCUCCGGCAGAGCAUUCCUCAAGAUUGCUACCACUUUCGCUGCCUUGCCGAAGUUGGCAGCCCAAAUGACUACCAAUGGUGCACCGCCUAUCUCAAGGGACGUCAGUAGAUCGACAGAAGACCUGCUCAAGGACGUCCAUCUUCCCCGACCCCCAGAUGAGAUGGACGAAAACGCGGAAGCAGAAGAGUUAGAGCGACGGCUUCGUGAACUCGAUGUCGAGACGAACAGCACAUACUCGACGGCCACGGACACAUCCUCAGCCCCCGAUUCCUCUCCGGUCUCAUCAACAUUUCCGUCAGGCGCGGGAAUCCCGCGCUCGGAUACUAGGGGUCCUCUGAGCACCGCGGCCGCCGAGCUCAUGCAAAAUUGGAAUGCGAACCUCCAGACACGACUGUUCCCGUUCUGGUGCUCGGUCCUUCCAACGCGAACCAUUCGACUCUCGCUCUUCGCCACUGACCCAUCCUUAGAGGAGUUCCGUGACAAGGCUGCGGACGACGGCGAGCCACGCCGAGCGUUGGCAUCGCAAAAUAUCGUAACAGGGCCAGACGGCGCGUUCCAGGUGACCUUCCGCGUCCCGUGGAAGGACCUAUGUACGCAUCCGCAAGGAGUGCAGAUUGCCUUCAGCGAUAGGCAGCGAGAGCACGACAUGAUCGUCACUGCCGAUUUGAUGCCGCCGCCUUCGCCUCGCACACCAUCCGCCACACCAUAUCAACAGCCAAUGCAGCCGUUAGACGAAGCGGAAUCGACGGUCACAGCACUUUUGUCCGUGCCUCUCACGUACACGACGGUUCGUGUCAUUUCCGACAUCGACGACACAGUCAAGCUUGCGAGUGUCCUCAGCGGGGCGAGAACGGUCUUCCAGAACGUCUUCGUCAAGGACCUGGGCGAAAGCAUUAUACCCGGGAUGGCGGAGUGGUACAUGAACAUGUGGACACGCGGCGUCCGCUUCCAUUAUGUUUCAAACGGGCCCUUUGAGCUGCUGCCUGUUAUCAACCAGUUCUUCCAGCUGUGCCGAUUCCCCCCUGGGUCCAUUAAGCUCCGUUCCUACGCGGGCCGUUCGCUGUUCAGCGGGCUUCUCUCCGCACCUGCGGCCCGCAAGCGCGCGAGCGUCCUCGACGUACUCAAUAGCUUCCCUGACGCGCGCUUCAUCUGCGUCGGUGACUCCGGCGAACAAGAUCUCGAGCUCUACUCGAGCAUCGCGAAGGAGAAGCCUGCUCAGGUCCUCGCGAUAUUCAUCCGCGACGUGAGCGCGGACAGCGGCCUGCCGCCCCUAGACGACCCUACGGGUGUCAGGGUGUUGCGGCUGGAGAAAGACCCGCAGCAAGGCAAUCGCCCUGUACCCGUGGCGAUAUCUAGGCGGCCGAGUUUCCGGAAGGGCUAUACGAGCAGUCCCAUGGCGCGGUCAAUAUCUGACACGGAUCCUACUAUAAUUGAGCACGCCCGGAAGCCAGCAAGGAUGCACUCCGACAAUGAACUUCUCCCGAGCCACCACGAGCCUGCCGGCUACUUCACGUCGACUUCUGUGUCGACGUCGCCCAUGGCGGAGGAACCCGAGGACUAUUUUAGGUCUACCCAGUCCUCGCCACAGCUGCGUCCGGGGCAGGAGGGCCCGACGACGCCUACUGGUCAGCGACAGACACUAUCGGAACCCGAGCGGCGACGACUUGACUUUCAAAGCAGGGUGUGGCGAGCAAGACUGGAAGCGCCGGAGCAUAUACCGUUGCGGGUCUUCCGCAAACCUGAUGAAUGUAUGGAAGCACAGAUCAUACUCGCAGGACUACUGGGGCGACGCGAAGAAAAUAACUUAUUGGACUGAACAUGCUCCGAGGACGAUGAGUACACAGAAUGGAAUGUA